UGUACCUGUACACCGAGUGUGGGCGCAGGAUAGUUUGCCUGACCCUCUCAUUCUGAGAAAGCGAUUGAGAGAAAAGGAAGGAACAGCCCUUGCAUGAUAAAAACACGAGCACACGCUCAUAUCUCGUGUGCACGAGCACGCGCUCAUAUCUCAAGCGCACAAACGGAGACGCGCCAGUCCAAGAGUCUGAGAAAAUUAUAUGAAAGCGGGCCAUUAUGGCAGACGACAUGACAGCUCCUCUGCUCUCAGACUCUGAAGUGACCGCCAAUGCUUUGCCUUCAUGUCCCUUCAGGCCGACAGUGGUCAUCCUCGGCUCCGGAGACUUCUCUCGUUCUCUUGCUGUGCGUCUGGUAGGUUGCGGCGUGAGAACGGUUGUGGGGACCCGGUGUGUGAAUCGCAUCCCAUCGGGUCUGUUUCCUGAUGCUGUGGAGCUGAAGAGCCAGGAGGAGGCACUGGCAACAUCACAAGUGGAAUGUGUAGUGUUUAUGGCUUUGUUCCCUGAGCACUACUCUUCCCUGCUGAGGCUACAGUCCGCACUGGUUGGAAAAGUGCUAGUGGAUGUUAGUAACGCGGCGGAGAUCAAUUUCCGUGGAGCAUCCAAUGCGGAGCGAUUAGCUGAGCUGUUUCCACACAGUCUGGUGGUGAAAGGUUUUAACACGGUCUCAGCCUGGGACCUGCAGACUGGGGCACAUGAUGGAAGCAAACAGGUCUUGAUUUGCGGCGACAACACGAAAGCAAAGAGGAAGGUUCUUCAGUUGGCACAGCACAUGGGCUUUCACUCGGUGGAUAUGGGCGGCCUUUCGGCAUCUCGAGAUAUUGAGGUGGCUCCGUUGCGCCUAUUCCCAUCUUGGAGUCGGCCGAUCCUUGUCACGUUUCUUCUGUUUCUCUUCUUCUACGGUUACGGCUUCUUGCGGGGGAUCCUGCUGCCGUUUCUCGCACAAGGACAAAAUUUUUUCCACCGCCUAGCUCUCGAUUUGGUGAACGAGAGCCUGCCGGCGGUCGCCUUGGUGACCUUAGCACUCGUCUACCUGCCGGGUUUGUUUGCCGCAUGGUUGCAGCUGUGGAGGGGCACCAAGUAUCGCCGUUUCCCGUCAUGGUUAGACAGCUGGCUCCAGUGCCGUAAGGAAUUGGGUCUGCUGAGCUUCACGUGUGCGGCUUUGCACGGCAUCCUCAGCAUCUGCGUGCCACUUCGCAAAGUAACACAGUACAAGUUAAUUAAUGCUGCAUACAAACAGGUUAAGGCUGGUGCAGAGGAACCCUGGGAUGAGGUGGGAGUUUGGCGUUCUGAUCUUUACCUCUCUUGUGGAGUGUUGGGUCUAGGUGUCCUCUCUUUACUGGCCAUCACAUCCCUUCCCUCAGUAGGCAACAGCCUCAACUGGAGAGAGUUUACCUUUGUCCAGUCUGGUUUGGGUUACUCUGCACUGAUGCUGGCCAUCAUGCACACGCUCUUUUUAGGCUGGGAUUUUGCCUUUCACAUUGAGGCCUAUUCGUUCUACAUGCCACCAAGUUAUCUAAUAGCUGUAGCUCUGCCCUGCACUGUUCUGGUUUGCCGUUGUUUCCUGCUACUCCCCUGCAUCUCCAACAGACUGGCACGAAUCCGCCACGGAUGGGAGAGCAGAAAAAGCUGUCCAGUUUUACAGCAUCACCAAGUGGUGGCUAAUGGAACGUCACAGGACGUCUGAGCGUAUCAUCCGAUCCAAAAAUGACAAGAGUGUCUUUAUAACGCUCCAAACCUGUAUACCCUUUUUUUGCCACGGAAAGCACAGAAUACUUUUAAAACCAUUUUUUAAAAGUUGAAACGUAAUGACUGAUGUCUAUGAGAUCCACAUUUGGAAACACACAGACCAGAGCUUUGGUCACGUUUACAGAAUCUCAGGAUUACAAAUGUGCUCUUAAUGUCCAUGUUUUACAUUUAUGAUGCAAAGGCCUUAAAAAUACAUCAGUGUUUUUAUAACAUGUUCACACUAAUAUGAAUUUACCUGUGGACAGACUGACAGAAAUCUGAUCACAGCUUCCAUGCAGUACCAGGAGACUAUUUCAGCCUCCACUAACUUCUAACUCGACUUCACUUUGCAGUAAAAAUCUAUAAUUUGUGGCUUAUGUUAUUAUCACAUCCCAGUUAUCUCAAAUCAUCUUCCUCUUGGCCAUUUACUGUGUUAACACUGCAAAAACACUUUGUCCAGCCACAGGUGAUGGAAGUUAUAUUGUUAUACCAUUAUGGUCAAUGUUUUACAGUAUGUUGGGAUUGCUGUGAUAAGAUUAUUAAAUGUUUCACUUCAUCAGUCUGAACGACUGACAGCAGGUAUUUUGGACUGUUUAUAGAAAAUAUGCUUUGAAUUAUACAAUUUUCAAUGGAUUAAA